UCUGCCGCGGCCGGUCGAUCAUCAUUUUAGUUGUGUUCAGUAUAGAAAACGAUAAGCCAACAGUGUGUUUCGUCAAAUCAUAUAAAAUACCACCUACGAGUAAAACAUUUUUUUGCCAUAAUGUCACACAUUUCAUUUUGAAAACAUCGUGGUGGUUAUUAACAAACGAGCAUUUUAAAGAGUGAACAAGACAAAUUCACAUUAUAUUUAUUACAUUAGUCUCUUUUAUAAACGAUCGAGAUAUUUUUCAUGUGAUAUAUUUUCCAUUGACAUGCAAAUAGCAAAUAUUAAUCACCGGUGUAUAUCUUAUCUUCAUUCCAACUAGAUUAAGUUUAAAAAUCAAUAAGAUCAUCAUGUCUGAUAUAGAAAUGAAUACUCCACGAACUAUUGGACCAUACGAUCAUUUAAUUAGUGCCAUCCAGUCUAAUGAUUUAACAUUUUUUAAAAAACUUCUUGAUUUAGGUUUAGCAAACUCAUCUAUUGAUUUAGAUCAUGAAUUUGAUGAUCCAUAUCACGGAACCAUUUUGGACAUUUGUUCUUCAUCACCAGGGAAGACUAAUUUUGUUGAAUUACUCUUGUCAUUUGGAAUGAAUGUUAAUAUUGUAAAUAAAGGAAGAAGAAAAGCACCUAUACAUUUGGCAGUAACCAAUGGAUUAGCUGACACGCUUAAAAUCAUUUUAAACCAUACACCUACAGAUGUCAAUUUAUUAGACGGUGAUGGAAAUUCAGCGUUACACCUUGCGGCUAAGGUCGGAAACGUAGAAUGCAUUAGACUAUUAUUAGACGCUGAAGAUAUUAAAGCUAAUCAAUUGAAUAGAAAAGGGUACUCUCCUGUUUACUUAGCUGCUACUUCGAAAAAUAGCAACGAAAGUGCUGUUUUGGAGUUUAUUAAAUGUCCUAAGGUCGACUUUGACUUAUGUGUUUGGGAUAAACCAGUUAGAAACGUAAUUGACGAGAAGUACCCUCAUUUAAUGGAACACAUACCGUCUGAAGGCGUAAGAAAAGUUACAGAUCGCAGUGACAAUCCGUUCGCAUACUUAUACUCAAAUGACCCGGAAGGAUUCAUUUCUCAUAUUUCUUCUAAAAAACAACCUGACCUAAACGCUCACGAUGGACGACAUACGUUUUUGCAAUACGCUUGUGAUUUUGGUUUACCUGAAGUUGUCAAACUUCUUCUACGGUUAGACGUAGAUCCAAAUGCUACAUGUCCAUCUAAUAAUAAGUAUCCAAUUUUAAUAGCUUCUUACAGAGGUUUUGCGGAUAUUGUUCAACUUUUUGUAGAUAGCAAUAGUUUUGUAAACUAUAAGUCAAUAUACGGCACAGCAUUACAUGAAGUUAUCAGAGGAUCAGAUGAAAAUCAUAGUUCACUAGACGUUAAUACUGAACUUUGUGAGCAUUUUAAAUGUUUCAAAAUACUUCUGGAAAAAAGUGAAGUUAAUCCUUCUGAACUCAAUAUAAACCAAACGGACGAUAAAGGCAACACUUGUCUUCAUUAUGCGGCCAAAUCGGGUGAUCGCGAAUAUAUAUUAGCUCUCCUGAAAUAUGGGGCUUAUGUGGGAAAGAAAAACAUUCUAGGAGAUCCACCAUUAGCAGAUAUAAAUCCAAGAAUAUUAGAAACACACUUGAACUCGUGUAUUAAAACUAAUGGGAAAUCUCCAAAAGACGUCAACUAUGAAAUCAUAUUUAAUUACGACUUUUUAUGUCCUCCAAAAAUUUACAGCCAGAAUAAGUCCGAUACAAACAUUCAAAGACAGCUAGAAGGUCAAACGUACAUUCCAGAAAGUAUUCCUGAGACGGAUCCCUUAUUAUACAUAAGUGAAGUGCCAGAAUUACGCCCACUCCUAAAUCAUCCAGUAUUGACCAGUUUUUUACACUUAAAGUGGUUUACUAUAAAACGGUAUUAUAAAGUCAAUCUAGCAUUUUAUAUUGCCUUUUGGGCGUUAUUGACCACAUAUACAUUGCUGACAUUUAGAAUGGGAGUGCAUAAUGAAAACAUGGCCUUAACUCGAACGAACGUAACUCAAUUUUCUACUAACAAGAUACCAUAUGGCAAUGACAUGGCAGUAAUUCUAUGGGUAAUAGUACUAGGUUUUCUUAUGGCCUUAUCAGUUCGAGAAAUAUUUCAAUUAAUAUCAUCCCCUAUUAUGUAUUUAACAAGUUGGGAAAAUUGGUUAGAAAUUUGUUUAAUUGUUCUAACAGCCAUUUUGAUGUUAUGUGAAAUGCCUGGAAAGAUCUCGAGAAAUCAAAUAUCAGCUAUUAUAAUAUUGCUGUCUUGGGGUGAGUUAAUUUUGUUGGUCGGUAGACACCCAGUACUUGCUACGCACUUGGAAAUGUUCAAGCGUGUAACCAAAAAUUUUUUAAAGUUCCUUGUUUGGUAUUCCAUACUUAUUUUUGCGUUUGCAUUAAGUUUUUAUAUGCUCUUUAGAAAUGAUGACGAUAAUGACAAUAAAUUUAAUGAUCCUAGUUCAGCAACGUUUAAAACGAUAGUUAUGUUGACUGGUGAAUUUGAUACAUUCGGUUCAUUGCCUUUUAAUUUACAUCCCAUUGUCAGUCACGCUCUUUUCCUAUUAUUUAUAUUUCUAGUGGCAAUUGUCUUGGUAAAUCUCUUAAACGGGUUGGCCGUUAGCGAUACAGCCGCUAUAAGAGCAGAUGCUGAAAUUGUUGCACAUGUAUCUCGAGUGAAAUUGGUUCAUUAUUUUGAAACAAUGAUUGUAAAUGAUACAAUCCCUUGUAUGAAAAAAGGUAUUCCUUCUAUAACCAAACUGUGUAGUAAUCGGUUUUACUUAAAAAUACGACUUUUCCCUGAUGCUCUUCGAGAUUCAAAAAUAAGUAUUUUACCUAAUCAAAGAAAUUUAGUUGAUUUUGGAUCCACAAUGAGAAAAUCUGAUAAAAUUCAAAGUGGAUGUAUUGCAAACUGUCGAGGAUAUUACCUAGAUAAAGAUAUUAUUAAAGGAGCCAAAGCAGUAAUCGAAGCAAAUGCUGAAAUACCAGAAAAGUCCUGUGUUGAUUUAUUAGAAAAUUUUAUGGCAAAAUUCAAUCAGCUAGAAAAAACUAUGAAUGAAAUAAGAACAUCGUUGAAAAUUUUGAAAAGUACCAAAGAAGAAGAUACAGCUUCUGUGUCUUCCUCAAAUAUUUCUUCUGUUUCUAGUAGUUCUCGUAAAAGUCAAUGAGUACUAUUUCUAUACUGAUAGAUAAAUGGUAACAUUUUUGAUUAAAUAUUUUAUAAAAACAUUUAUUUAUCAUAAUAAUUUAAAAUGGCUGUUUUCUUACGUCUUGCAAAAAUUUUUUUAAUAUUUUAACUUAUUUAUAUCAUUUUUUAUUUUAAAAUGAUACAUUUGUAAAGUAUAAUGUACAGAUACUAAUAUAAUUUAAUGACUUCAAAGCAUAUAAUGUUUACUACUCUUAUGUUGUAUAUUUAUUGUUAUAUCAUCAGCUUUUAUGAAAAUAUAUAUAAAAUUUUAA